AUGCUAGAAUAUGAUAAGCUGUUGUCGGCCAAGGGCAAACAUACUCGGCUCCAGGUCGACGAGAUAGAUGAAGCAACCCCAUUGAUUGGAGAAAACUUUGAAGGCUACCGAAGCUGCGGGAAUGGACAGGUCGAACCGGAAGAGUCUGCUGCGGAGACGACGGACAGCCCGCAAUCAGGGCUAGUGGGCAUGAUUGUGGUUUUACUUGUCGGUGUUUUUGUCUCGCAAGCAGACGGCUCGCUAGUCCUCGCAGCCUACAGUAAGGUAUCUUCCGAAUUUGGUGACUUCGAAAACGGCUCGUGGCUCUUUUCGGCGUACGUUCUCGCCAUGUGCGUAACGCAGCCUCUCUACGGCAAGCUGUCAGACAUAUACGGACGCAAGACCUGCUUGCAGAUAUCAUACAUGCUCUUUGCUCUGGGAACGGCGUGCACUGGCCUCGGUCAGAGCAUGCGGCAAGUCAUUGCUGCAAGGGCAGUUCAAGGAGCCGGUGGCGCUGGCAUGGUCUGCAUGGUCUCCAUUCUCCUCACAGACCUUGUGCCUUUGAACGAGGUUGCGCUCUAUCGAAGUUACGUCAAUAUCGCACAGACCGUCGGACGCAGCUGUGGAGGUGCUGUUGGAGGAUAUAUUGUGGAAACUCUUGGGUGGCGCUGGGCAUUCUUGUGCCAGUGUCCGGUGACUUUCAUAGCCAUAGGCCUCGUAGCUUGGAAACUUCCCGUCUCAUCGAAGUCUGGUGGGACGACUGAAGCGGCCGAAUCCAAACUUAAGCGCAUUGACUGGGUUGGUGCUGUAACUCUCAGUUUGACCAUCCUGAGUGCGCUUAUUAUCGUCGAUAUGGGGGGCCAGAAAUACCCAUUUUCUCAUCCGAUCAUCAUCAGCGCGAUGGUAACUUUUGCAGUUGCUGGCGUUAUAUUCCUUGUAACGGAGGAUCGUUACGCAAAGGAACCAAUAUUUCCACUGCAUUUACUAUCACGAUACGUCGUUGUCACCUCGUACGCGGUGCUCUUCUUGCAAAAUUUUGCACAAACUGCGUUGAUGAUGAUCAUCCCGAUUUAUUUCCAAGUCACCAAGAAGGCUUCAACCGCUGUUGCAGGCACAUAUCUCAUUCCCGCAGUAUUCGGAAAUACCAUUGGUGGCCUCCUUACAGGAUUCUUCAUCAAGAGGCGAGUUUCCAAGCGUCCUUACACACUUCUUUUCACUAAAAGGUCCUAGAACGGGUAGAUACAAGCUUCCAACUGUUGUUGGAGCUCUUGCAUCCGGAAUCGCUUUUACAUCUCUCUUGAUCGUUUGGAGAGGUAACACCACUGUCGCACAAUCUCUUCUGAUAUUUCCUGGGGGAUUCGCCACUGGAGUAGCACAUUCUGCUGUCUUCAUCGGCUUAACGUCAGGAGUAAAUCCAGAAGAGGUAGCCAUUGCAGGUUCUGGACUUUACUUGAGUGGAAAUGUCGGCGCUGUAGCUGGUUCAACUGUGUCCAGCGUAGUCUACCAAUGGACACUACAGCGUGGUCUAUGGAAAGCUGUUCAAGGAUUGCCACACGCUCGAGAGAUUGUACGGAAAGCGAUGUCUGACCUGAAUUAUAUUCAAAGGGUCGAUGAUCUUAUGAGGCAGAGAUUAGUUCCUGCGUUUGUUCGCGCUGUGCACAACGUGUUUUUCGUUGGUCUGAUCUGUGCAGCCAUAAGUUUCUGCAUUGCCAUCAUCACACGAGAGCGACGGUUGAAGAAUUGAAAAAGCCUGGAAUUGAGAAGACUUUCCAGAAUCGGAAUUACCAUGUGAAUUCACAAGAUAAAGGAGGCAGAUACAUUUUGUAACAUGUUCAAACAUGGUGUUUGCUACCAUCGAGGCAUUGAGUUCAUCUAUUUUUCCUAUUCUGCUUACCAGGUAGACCUCUCUUUGGUAACAAAGGGUUCGAGAAAAGGAAAUACUUCAGUUACAUUGGAU